AUGGAACGUGAAAUAUUGUACAUAAAAGGCGACCUUUGUCCACACAGAGUCAUCUCUAUUCCUGGAGAUGGGUCGUGUUUAUUUCAUUCGUUGUCAUACUGCAUGUAUGGGAGUUUUCAGUCGUCAAACGAUAUUAGGCGUGCUGUCGUCCAUUAUGUAGUGGAGAAUUGGGAUGAUAUGCAAGUCUAUACCUGCGACGAACGUGGAGACGUUUAUAUCAAUGCAGAUAUGUAUUCAGCUGCAAUGUUGAAAACAACCACCUAUGGAUCCGUAUCCGAACUUAAAGCGGCCGCUGCAUUGUAUCCCUUUAUUUUCCAAGUUUACCAAAAUGGUCGUUUGCAGGGAUCAUGCGGUGAUGAUCCUAGGAAACCAGUGAAACGUUUACGAUUUACUGGGAAUUUUUUAGGAGGUCAUUACGAAGUACUCGUUCCCGAUAAUUACUCCAUAGUAUCAGAUCUUCAGGUAGAUGAAAAUACUUCUGAUUCUCCUAGCUCGACCCAAGCUAGUGAAAAAAAUCGUAAGAGUGCGGGAAGGCCUAAAAAACUUAAACGUGGCAGGCCAAAAACCUCAAAUAUCUCUCGUUCUCAACAAUUGACAGAAGCAGCUGCCCGUUAUCGCCAGAACAAUCCAGAAAGACGGAAGGAAUCGUUGGUCCGGUACAGCCGUUCCCAACCGGAAAUGCAUCGGGCUGCUGUAGCUCGUUAUAGUGCCUUGAAUCCGGAAGUGAAUCGAGAUGCUGUAGCUCGCUAUACUGCCUCGAAUCCAGAAGUGCAUCGGGCUGCUGUAGCUCGUUAUAGUGCCUUGAAUCCGGAAGUGAAUCGAGAUGCUGUAACUCACUAUACUGCCUCGAAUCCAGAAGUGCAUCGGCCUGCUGUAGCUCGUUAUAGUGCCUUGAAUCCGGAAGUGAAUCGAGAUGCUGUAACUCACUAUACUGCCUCGAAUCCAGAAGUGCAUCGGCCUGCUGUAGCUCGUUAUAGUGCCUUGAAUCCGGAAGUGAAUCGAGAUGCUGUAGCUCGCUAUACUGCCUCGAAUCCAGAAGUGCAUCGGGCUGCUGUAGCUCGUUAUAGUGCCUUGAAUCCGGAAGUGAAUCGAGAUGCUGUAACUCACUAUACUGCCUCGAAUCCAGAAGUGCAUCGGGCUGCUGUAGCUCGUUAUAGUGCCUUGAAUCCGGAAGUGAAUCGAGAUGCUGUAACUCACUAUACUGCCUCGAAUCCAGAAGUGCAUCGGCCUGCUGUAGCUCGUUAUAGUGCCUUGAAUCCGGAAGUGAAUCGAGAUGCUGUAGCUCGCUAUACUGCCUCGAAUCCAGAAGUGCAUCGAGCUGCUGUAGCUCGUUAUACUGCCUUGCAUCCCGAAGUUAAUCAGGCAGCUGUAGCUCGUUACAAAGAUUUAAAUCCUCAAUUGAAUCUUGAAUCAGUUCGAAGGAAAAGAUCAAACGAUAAACUAAAAUUAAAACUUAAUAAAUUAGAAAAAUAUACUCAAGCACUAUCCAAAAUACUUAAUGAUAGAUUAGAGGCAGAGAAAAUAAUAAGAUGGACAGUGCAUAGUAAACAACAAACUUUAGGGAAUUUUACUAAAAACGUAGACAAGUUAAAAGAAAAAAUUAAAAUAUCAUUAGAAAAACUCAGUAUAUGCCCCCCAAAUAGUACUUUGACAGACAAAUUAGAAGCUUUUCUGGGAAAAUCAGAGCACCAAGAUAAUCAUGAGUCAUAUUACGGAGAAAAAACCUACAAAGUAUACGGUACCAAGGAAAAAGCUAUUAAAAUAAACGAUGCUGGAAAAGCUGUCUUUGGAGAUAUAGGAAAACAAGGUAAAAGUCUAGUUUGGUCUUGUUGUGAUGAUAUAUGCUCGCUAGAUAAGAAUAUUAUCGAAAAACUAACAAAAAUAUUAGAACACUUAGCGGACAAAACUAUAAUCCAAUACUACGCGUUAAUCGAACAAAAGGUAAUAUUUGAAUACCUAACUUACAUAAAUACUGUAAAAUCGCAUUUUCCACGAUUGAGAACUAUUUCAAGAUAUAUUUAUCAAGUGUUAAGUAUUUGUAAACUUUUGAAUGAUGUAGAUGAAUCAUUAGAAACAACAGAUUUGAAAAAGUUAAAAGAAUACGGAAUACCAAAAACAAUCGGCAGUACGAUUCUGGACAGUGAAGAAUCGACUGAAAUUGUUGAAGAUGACAUUAUUAAUAAAUAUAAGGUCGCAUUCAAAUCCCUAAAACUAAAAAGUCCUGAUACUCCUAAGCAUGAAUGCAUGUCUUGUACGAAACUUUGUUUCAUAAGAGACGUUUCUUCUCUGAACCGCUUAAGAAAUCCUAUCAACACUACUGUUUGGAGUAAUCUAGUUGAAUAUUAUAACAAACAUAAUUUAACUCAUAGUCCACAGAUUUGCCAUUUAUGUUUACAAAAGAUUGGAGCAAAUCAACUGCCAGCAACCUGUAUUUUAAUCGAUCUUUACAUUAGUACUGUUCCACAAGAGAUAAGCCAGUUAAAUGACUUUGAAAAGAUAUUGAUUCAACGUGCUAAAGCAUUUCAAGUAGUGAUGUCAAUGAACCCCGUUGCAAACAAACAUUUACCUCAUCACCAUAUGGUGAAGAAAGUAAAAGGCCGAACUUUCCAUCUGCCGUUGCCUCUUGAAGAAACAAUAAAAAAGCUACCUACACCAGAAAAUCCGCUUGCCAACCCGGAACUCUUUAUCAUGGUACGAGGUAUGCCAACAAAAUCAAAAAUAGUGUGGGAAGAUAUAGUAGAUGUAAAUAAGGUUUACCGAACAUUGCAAUUUCCUUAAUGUAAAAAUGCUCUAUAUUCCCAAAUAAAUCUACCCGAUUCUCCCCAACAAUUAAUUAGCCAUUUAAAUGAAAAUGUGCAAAAUAUAGUUGAUCGAUCAGAAUCUCCGGCAGAUGACAUGACUGUAGAAGGCAACAGUGCACUUCUUACUCAAAUUACUUCUCAAAAAGAAAUUGAUAACUUUGAACAGUACACAAUUUACCCUUUGAACGAAAGGAGAAGAAACGCUCCCAUUUCGGAACUAUACCAGAUGCUCAAGGUAAACGCUGCUCCAAUAGAUUCACGAGAUAAAGAUUUAGAUGUAAAAUGCUUCCCUCUAUGUAGAAAGCAAAUAUGGGCAGUCUCAUGUCCGUCAGCAAAAGUUAACAUCUAGUGAAUUUAUCAAAGCCAGACUAAAGUCGAAGCAUUCUCAGUUUCGCCUAAAUCAGCAAUACCUUUUCUUUUUAUUAAAUGAUGCAAAUCUGCGUCAAAUUAACUCAGGGAUAUUUUAUAAAAUGAACUGUGUCAAUCAAAAGCACAAACUGACCGUAGAACAGUAUUUUGAUAUGCUCAAUAAAGAAGAGUUGGAAGGUGACCUGACAGCAAUAUUUGGCAGAUUACGAAACACUGAACAAUUUUGGAAAAAACCA